UAUUGUUUGACAACAAAAUUACCUUUCUCGUUGACCCCCACCCCCAAUAGAAGAAGAAAGACACUAGGGUUCCGGCGAUCUAACAUCGGAUUGGAUUCGCGAGGAAUUAAAUCCUAUUCCUCGGACUAGCAUUGAUUUCUCAUCAAGCUUGGGUCUUUGUUAUCUCCGGGAGUCUCACCUUCUCUCCCGACCCGAUUAAGCUUAAUUCACGGUGGUGGGUUGUCAAUUCGAUUCCUAUUCUUCGAAUGACGUGGCCACCACAACCUCCUCCAGAAAUCUUAGUAGUGAUUGAGAGAACAGCACGUGCGGUAGCCCAGUUGGGCUUAGAGCAUGAGAAGUUAAUCUUGGAAGCCAAUCGUUGUAUUGAGAAUGCACCUUACAAGCCGCCUGGUAGCAAGACUGUAUUGGAGGUUGAAAGGUCCGGCUUUUUGAAGAGUUGUGAUCAUCCCUAUCACCAAGUCUACAGGAAAAAGCGCGAUGCAUACUUUGCUCAGUGCCAAGAUGGGGUGAUUCAUUUCCUACGACCUAAAUUCGAUGAUGAUGAUGAUCUCAAGCCUCCUCCCAAUAGAGACGACCCUCCUCCUCCUCCUCACCCUCCUCCAGAUGACAUCACACCCAUCGACCUCGGUUUGGUUAAGGUCACUGCUCUGUUUGUGGCGCGCUACGGCCAACAGUUUUGGCACGCUUUGAUCGACAUGCCCAUGUGCCCCCAUUUCAGCUUUUUGAACUCUUCUGACAAGACAUUCAGUUACUACAACGGACUUGUUGGUCUGUAUCAUAGAGUCCUAAGGCCUUUUCCUCCUGAUGCUGAUGAAGCUCCUCUUGGGGAGUUUUUCCGCUAUGUUCAGUUGGAGAAGCUGCAUCAGAAACUCACUGAUUUGCAUGCUUUGGCGUAUGGUCUUGACUGCAUGGACGACCGAGAUGCUUCUCCUCUUGCCAUGCCACCCUCCUUCUUUUCACUUAUGACUAUGCCUCAUCAUCCUAAUCAAGAUGAGGAUGACAUCCAACCCCAGUGUGAACCUCAUCCCAUUCCACCAUAUAUGUUUCCCGUAAGGAUUUCACUCGAAGAGCUAGUUAUCAUUAAGCUUACUGCACUCUUUGUGUCUCGGUACGGUCAAUGUUUUCUUCGGGCGCUGAUGAUGAGAGAGGUUUCCAACCCUCACUUUGACUUUCUGUUUUUCCGUUGGGAUCAAAGGCCUCAGUUUCCGUCAAUGGAGCCAGCUGAAAUCAGGUCCCAUGUUUUCAAUGUGCUUGUUUAUGCCUAUUCAAAAAUACUAAUGCCUUCCAAAAGGGCCAACGACCCUGGUUUCUGUUCGGUGGUCGUUCUUGCUGUUUUUUCUUCCCGUCUUCUUCGACUUGAGAAGCCGAAGCUGGGGGAGGGAGUGAAGACUAGGGCUAUCAUUGAUUUGCAUGCCUUUGUGGCAGGUGUGGACUAUCUUGCUCACAUGCAUGAGCCGCAGUAUUCUGGUAUCAUGUCACCACCUCAACGCCUUUCAGUUAUGAUAAAGAACCUGCAGUCACCACUACAAACGCCGCAUCCUGGUAUACUUGUUCUGCUUCCCCUGGGACGUAAGCUCAGUGACUACCCUCAAUGCUCAAGGUCCAUGUGUAGCCACCUUGAAUACACAUUUCCUCAAUCGAUUGGACCCGAUGAGCUUGGUGUUAUCAAGCUCACAGCGCUGUUUGUAACAAGGUAUGGGAUGUUUUUUAUGGAGGCUUUGAUGAAGAUAGCGCCUACUGAGUUUGAGUUUCUGAAGCUAACUCAUAGCAGGAGAGCGCUCUUUUUCGCGUUUAUUGACGUGUAUUCCAGUAUAUUGAAGCCUUUCACAAAGGGCGGUGAUCAUUUGGCCAUGGCUCUUGAGUUUUUCUUCUACUGUCUUCAGUUGAAUAAGCUUAAAAAGGGAGUGGCUGUGAUGGAAUUGUCGGCUUUUUUGAGUGGUGUUGAUCAUUUUGCAUGGAUGGAUGUUAAUGGCUACUCUGCUAUCGUGGCUGCACCUGAAUGCCGUUCAGUGAUGAUGAACCGGCUAACGCAGAUUGAUACUGGUGGCGGUCUUGAUCAGCCUCCAACUCUAAGAACUCCCUUCUCGUUUCCAUCUAACUAUUAUGGAUUUUCCUCACCCCGUGAUAUUGCUAUCAUUAAGCUGACAGCUGUGUUUGUGGCACGGUAUGGGGUGCGCAUUUGUCGGGAAUUGAAGAAGAAAUUGGAUGCAAGAACAGUUUUAAAGUUUAUGGAACCAAGUGAUGAAUUGUUCCAUUUUUAUGAGGUAGCUGUUCAUGCAUAUUCCAACAUAUUAGAGGGUUCAGAUGAUGCUGAUACAGAGACAGUUAUUGAGAGAUACUUCCAUUGUGUUCAAUGGGAGGAGCAAAAGGAAGAAGGGUCAAUGACUUUUGAUGAUGAUUUGUAUGGUUUUGUGGAGGCUGUUGACUGCUUUGCUCAGUUGGAGGAUGGAUACUUUUUUCAGAUGAUGGGGAACAUCCAUCUAGUACAUCCUUGUGAUUGUCUUUAUGAUCAGACCUCUUCAUCAGAGCCAAAGAGACGAAAGGUUGACGAGUCAUCUAGUGUUAUAGAGGAUUCCUCGACGAUCAAGGUGUGGGUUCCAACAGUGUAUGGAAGGAAAGUCAUUAAAAUAGCAGUGGGGUCGUUAUCGGAAAAGGUGUCGAGUUUGAUGGAGAAAAUAGCCAAUGAGAUUCAAAUGCCAGCAAAGGAUCUGAAGUUACGUGGCAAAGAAGGGGUAUUGAAGGGGGACAAGUCACUAGCACAAAACGAUGUUGAAACAGGAGAAAUCCUCACCCUGACUUGGCGCAUUUCUAGGUGGUAUUAGAGAAAUGCAAGUCUCGUCUAUUUACUAAAAAUAUGUCCAAAACUUGUUUUUGAUUGGCAAGCAACGUUUGGUCUCUGGUAUCUCUGUUUUGUCUUAAAAUAUUUACUACUUUUGUCUCUGCUAUCUCAAAAAUAUUACUACUUAUGAUUGUGUGCUCAUUCACUUCA